AUGAUGUCAUUGAAACUCAAGACUGUUGGACUCUUUCUGCUCCUGGUGGUCGCCACCACUCAAGGCUUCACCACGGCCCCUCCCAGAGCCCUUGUCACAUCUCCUCCCACCUUUUCUUCACAGCCAUCGGCUCUUUCGGCUGCCGAUGUCGAUCUGGGCAUUGUCGCAUUGGUGGCUGGACAAGAAAACUAUGGAUUGGCGGUGGUCUGUCUCGGUGAAGCCCUCUGGUCCUUUUCCCAAGCCCCUUCGCUGGAUCAUGCAAAAGUCUUGAUCCCCGCCGCCGUUUCGGCUCUUAUUUUGGUGGCGGUCUCUGGACCCAUGAUUACAUCUGGAGAUGCGGCUGCCGUGACGACCGGCCUAUUUAUUGCCACGGGGGUUUCGGUGGGCUUGGGUGCCAGCUAUGUGGCCCGACUAGCCGCCAAGUAUUCGCCUUCGUCCAAAGAAAUUGCAGCAUUGGGAUUGUUGGUGGCCAUUGCUGGAUUCUUUAGUUUUAGCCAAAACCUGGUGGUGGAUGGAUUUGUCACUCUUCCAUCCAUCCCAGUGCCAUCAUUGCCCGAGAUCUCCUUGCCUUCAAUAGAACUGUAA